AAAACAUCUUUCACAUAAAAACAGGCGGCAAUUUUGAAGAAAAGCCCACCGUAUUCUCAAGAAACCGUUGCCAACUUGCCACCACUCUGUGAAGGAAGAAAGACAUUUGAAACUCUCUCUCUCACACACACACACACACACUCCGCGGCAUCCCUUUCGCGAAUCCUCCUCCUCGGCUACAGUCAUUUUCUCUCUCCUAGUUACCUGCUCCUAAAUCAUCGUCGUCCUUCUAUCCCUCAAAUUCAUCUCCAUCUCAAGCACUUCUCGCAGCUCCCCCAAGGCUCACGAUCUCAGCACAAUCGUCCACAAGACCGUCGACCGGUCAUUUGCGUUGAAUCGAGCUCGUUUGUUAAGGAAAUAGAGUUGGAUGCUUUAACAUGAUAUAGAGCUAGGUUUUUAGACGCUUUUCACCCUUUGUUUUGUGCCGUAGUUGCACUUUAUUUCGUUGUGAUCUGUGUAUGUUCCGGAUCCUUUGUUGACCUCGUGCGAGUCAGGGGUGGUUUGCACGUGGGGGGAGUGUUGUCAAUUAUCCACAUUGGUUUAAUUAUUGUUUGGGCGGUCUCUCCACUCAUUGCCAAUUGAUUUUGGGUUGGAUAUAAAGUUUCUACGUCGUUUAUUUUGUUUUGAUUUUUUUGUAAUUUGGUUGAACUAUGAUGUGAUCCGAUGCUGACUUGGUUUGGCUUUCGGGGAAUUUGGUGUGCAGGAGUGAUGUAGUAGAUGAUGGGAGAGGAGAUCAGUGGGUUGAAGUCAUCUCUUCGGAGCCAAGAGCUUCCAUUUACCAUAAUUUCUUGUGCACGUACGAGCUCUGGUACAUUUCUGGCUAGAGGGCGAGAUAAAAUAGUCCAAACCAUUGAGAAAAGAAUUGCAGAUUUCACUUUAAUCCCCAUAGAGCAUGGCGAAGGGCUUCAAAUUCUGCACUACGAGGUGGGCCAAAAGUUUGAGCCUCACCAUGACUACUUUCAGAACGAGUUUAGCAUUAAGAAUGGUGGUCAACGGAUGGCUACCGUUCUAAUGUACCUCUCAGAUGUAGAAGAAGGGGGUGAGACAGUGUUCCCUGCUGCCAAAGGAAAUGUUAGUGCUGUUGAACUGUCUCAAUCUGGAAAGAAGGGACUUUCCGUUAAACCAAAGAUGGGUGAUGCUUUGCUUUUCUGGAGCAUGAAACCUGAUGGAACUCUAGAUUCUUUAAGCUUGCACGGUGCUUGCCCGGUCAUUAAAGGGAAUAAGUGGUCUUCUACAAAAUGGCUGCACGUCGGCGAAUUCAAGGCUUAUUAAUAUGCCAAUACCAAAGGUAUACAAAUGACUUCUCUUCUCUUGGGCAUACUGAUUGUAUUGGAUGAUACGGGCAAGAGCUCCUCUGCAGAGAGUCUGCAACCAACGAUUUUGGUCUACAAGACCCCGUUGGUUUAAGGGUUUUGAAUUUUGGAUUCUAAUCAUUAUCUUAUUUUUCUCCAAUUAUUACUCUCAUUUUUUUUUUAUCUCUCUCCAAUCAUUACCAAUUAUUACUCUCCGGUUUUGUGAACAAGUGGCCCUUGACAAUCAAUGGAAAAUGAUUCAUGUAGCCGACCCUAAGUGAUUGGGACA